ACUAAGGAUGGCUCCGAAAGUGGGUACUUUCGGUACCUACCGAAAUCGAAAGUCUACCGAAAGUACUUUCGAACAGGAUCUGGUUUACCGAAAUGUUCGAAACUCGAAAGUCCUACCGAAACUCGAAAGUCCUACCGAAACUCGAAAGUCCUACCGAAACUCGAAAGUCUUACCGAAACUCGAAAGUCUUACCGAAACUCGAAAGUCUUACUAAAACUCGAACCUUUUACCGAAAGUCGAAACUCUUACCAAAGUCAAAACUCAUUUUUCGAACAUAUUAUGUGA